AUGGCGGUCCUCCUCGUCGGCCUGGCGGUGGCGCAGAGCCCCGCCCCGUCGCCGGCCCUCACCCCCCAAGUCCCCCUCGCCGUCGCCUUCGCCGCCGGCUUCCGCCCCGUCUCCUCCCUCCGGCCCCGUCGCCUCUCCCCCGUCGCCCCGGCGUCGUCUCCCGCCCCGGAGGCUCCCGCGCCGUCGAUCGCGACGCCGCCGGCCGCGGCGCCCGCUCCUGGGGACAGUGGCGCGGUCAGCAACGGAGUUGGCUUCGCCGGUUCGGCGGCGAUCGGCGCCCUCGUCGCUGGUCUGUUCAUAUAA